UUUUACUAUGGUAAAGUGGCGGAAUCAGACGGUAGAUGUCAGUGCACUCACUCACUCGUGUUUGUCUGAAAGUUGUUUUAGUCGUAGUUGCGCUGAUGUCUGGAUAAAUAAACCCUGUGAAAAAUUCAGAACUCCGAAGCCUCGUCGGAUUUUAUUGAUGCUGAUUUCGUCAGUGCUAGUUCGAAAUGGCAUUGUGGAUACAGGCGCAGCAGUUGCAGGGGGACGCCCUGCACCAGAUGCAGUCUUUGUAUGGGCAGCAUUUUCCCAUUGAGGUGCGGCAUUAUCUGGCCCAGUGGCUGGAAGCUCAGGCAUGGGAUGCCAUAGAUCUGGAGAACCAGCAGGAUGAGUUUAAAGCCAAGCGUCUAUUGGACAGUCUGAUACAGGAGUUGCAGAAGAAGGCAGAACAUCAGAUGGGUGAAGAUGGGUUUCUGCUCAAAAUCAAACUGGGUCAUUACGCCUCACAGCUGAAGAGCACCUAUGACCCCUGCCCUCUGGAGUUUGUGCGGUGUGUCAAACACAUACUCUACACUGAGCGAAGACUUGUACAGGAAGCAUCUAAUGCCAGCAGUCCAGGUGCUGGUCCAGUAGAUGGAACCCCUCAGAGAUACCAGCAGAUCAACCAGACGUUUGAAGAGCUUCGCGUUAUGAUGCAGGAGACAGAAAAUGAUCUCCGCAAACUGCAGCAUAGUCAGGAAUACUUCAUCAUUCAGUACCAGGAGAGCUUGAGGAUACAAGCUCAGUUAAGUAGUUUGACCAGCCUUCCACCAGCCGAGCGUGUUCAGAGAGAAACUGGUCUGCAGAGCAGGAAGUCAACAUUGGAAGCUUGGCUCACGCGAGAGGCCAACACCUUACAGAAAUACAGACAGGAGCUUGCAGAGAAACAUCAGAAGACUUUGACUCUGUUGAGGAAACAGCAGGCGCUGAUCGUGGAUGAUGAACUCAUUCAGUGGAAAAGACGACAACAGCUAGCUGGAAAUGGAGGACCAGCAGAGGGAGGACUAGACAUACUGCAAACCUGGUGUGAAAAGCUGGCUGAUAUGAUCUGGCAAAAUAGACAGCAGAUCCGUCGAGUUGAGCACCUGACGCAGCAGCUGCCCAUACCUGGACCAACUGAGGAACUGCUCGCCGAACUCAAUGCUACUGUCACAGACAUCAUAUCAGCACUUGUCACUAGCACGUUUAUUAUAGAGAAGCAGCCUCCUCAGGUGCUCAAGACUCAGACUAAGUUUUCAGCAACGGUGCGUCUGCUUGUCGGAGGAAAACUCAAUGUGCACAUGAAUCCACCUCAGGUUAAAGCCUCCAUCGUCAGCGAGCAGCAGGCCAAGGCUUUACUCAAGAAUGAGAACACCCGCAAUGACAGCAGUGGGGAGAUCUUAAACAACAACUGUGUUAUGGAGUACCACCAAACCACAGGCACCCUGAGCGCACACUUCAGGACCAUGUCUCUGAAGCGUAUUAAGCGUUCAGACCGGCGUGGGGCAGAAUCAGUGACAGAGGAAAAGUUUACCGUUCUGUUUGAGUCUCAGUUCAGUGUGGGAGGAAAUGAGCUUGUGUUUCAUGUCAAGACAUUAUCACUGCCUGUCGUGGUUAUUGUUCAUGGUAGUCAAGACAACAACGCCACAGCGACUGUGCUCUGGGACAAUGCUUUCUCUGAACCGGGUCGAGUGCCAUUUGUGGUACCUGAUAAAGUUCUGUGGCCACAGCUGUGUGAGGCUUUGAACAUGAAGUAUAAAUCAGAGGUUCAGAGCGACAGAGGCCUGUCAGAAGAUAAUCUGGUGUUCCUCGCUCAGAAGGCCUUCAGCAGCUCCAGCAACAAUCCUGAGGACUAUCGCAAUAUGACCAUCACCUGGUCUCAGUUCAACAGGGAGAGUUUACCAAGCAGAAAUUUCACAUUCUGGCAGUGGUUUGAUGGAGUAAUUGAGCUAAUGAAGAAACAUCUGAAGUCUCAUUGGAAUGAUGGCGCAAUUUUGGGUUUCCUGAACAAACAGCAGGCUCAGGAUAUGUUGAUGUCCAAACCCAAUGGCACAUUUCUCCUGCGAUUCAGCGACUCUGAGAUUGGAGGGAUCACUAUUGCAUGGGUUGCAGAGAACCCCAAUAAAGCAGGAGAACGAAUGGUGUGGAACCUCAUGCCCUUCACUACUAAAGAUUUCUCCAUCCGCUCUUUGGCUGAUCGGAUCAGUGAUCUGAACCAUCUACUAUUCCUCUACCCUAACCAGCCUAAAGACGAAGUCUUCUCACGUUACUGCACACCUCCAAACUCAAAGGCAGUGGGUGAUGGAUAUGUCAAACCAGAGAUCAAGCAGGUGGUGAAGGUUGAAUUCUCUUCACCCAAUCCUGAACCAUCUCACGGGAAUUCCUCUUUCAUGGAGCAUGCAAUGUCACCCACCAUCAGUCAACAGCAUAACUUUACAAUCUAUCCAUCUAUGAAUGACCCCAUGUUGGACACGGAGGGGGAGUUUGAUCUGGACGAGACUAUGGACAUGGCCCGACAGGUGGAGGAGUUCCUGCGCCAGCCCAUGGAAACCCAGUGGAGUGGACAACAAUCGUGACCUUUGACCCCAUAAUCUUUCAUCUCAACUACACAAAGAACUCAAUGGUUCCAUUCCAUGCUUUUAUAAUAACGAAUGUGAAAUGUUUCUAAGUGAUGUUUGUCAAGGCCGGUCAGUGAAUUUUAGAUCUGCUUUUACGUUCAUGUUACAUUUUUGUGUCUUAUUUCUUAUCAUUAAUGUAAAAAAAAACAGUAGAUGGUUCUGCACAGUACAGAACAUGCAUCAGUAACAUCAUCUUUUUUGUCAGGCUGAAUGAGUUUGCACUUAAACCGAUGACAAUCUGUUGGUCCAAUCAGAAGGUCACAUCAUCAGAAUUCAGACCAGCUUUAAUGAGAAUGAUGUAAAGCCGUUGUCUGUUUUCAGUUAAACAGAAUGCAUCUUACCAGUUUCCAUUUGUUGAACAAACAUUCGUUUAAUUGGUUAAGCCAGAUGUUGACAUGUUGGCCCACAAGCACCUGUUGUCAAAUACAAUCCUGACAAAAAGCUCCUGCAUGAUGUGUUUGUACAUUUCCUGGCAGUCCAGGAAUAUCAUAGCAAUUAAACUAGCUUCAUGUUACAAAUGUUACAUUUUAAUAGAGGAAAAUUUUAAUAGAGUUUAAUAGAGGAAACUGCACAAACAGAUUAAAGCAAAUGAUUCAAGUAUUCCUCUUUAAGGCAUUCGGACUUAACAUUGAUCCGACUGAGCGACCGCAUCGGGGUUCAGCGUGAAUCUACAGCUUAAAAACACUAAGGCCCGGUUUUACAGACAUGGCUUGUCUUAAGCCAGGACUGUGCCUUAGUUAAGUUAGAAUAUUUAAGUCACGUUUAUAAAAAUGCCUUAGAAAAAAACAUAACUGGUGAGCACUUUAAGCCAAACAUUCGUUGUAGUCUGGGACUAGCAUUGUCUGUAAAACCGGGCAAAAAGCUGUUGAGCUGUUGACCGCAAACAGAUUUGUUUUUACAAACUGCUAAAAAACUGGAAUAUCUGCACUGAAACGUGGAUUUGCAGAGUUGCUGUUAUUUGUUGGGUUUGUUGAAUUUAGUGGUAAAAUUUAAUUCCUCUUUAAAUGCUCAUCAUAAUGUAUGUUUUACCUUAAUCAUAAUACUGACAAAAUCUUAACAGUUACACAGAAUAUAUGAUGCUAAAUGUUUAAAACAUACAGUAAGAGACAACAUAUUUUGGUUCUCACAUUUUUUCUGUCGUCACUGAGUCAGUCGCACAACAUCUCUUUCCCGUAUUAAAUGGCUUUGGUUUUUACAGCAUUCGAUGAUGUAGUCGCUCAAGUGUGUGAAACCGUCUUCAAGCUUCCUCUUAGUAAGGGGUCAUGCACCAAUUAGCUCCAACCCUAUUUUAAUCUGACCACAAGCACUGUGUUAUAAAAAUUAGGUUGACAGCUGCUGAGUGCUGCUCUAUCUCACUGUCUCCACUCCUCUCUCUCUCUCUCUCUCUCUCUCUCUCUCUUUUUCUCUCUCUCUUUUUUCAAUUGGUGUUUGCCUCAUCAUUUUAGUGGCAAGUUCAUUGGUUCAUGCGUGCUUUGUGACUGCGUGUUUCGUCAUAACCCAUAUAUGACGACUAGUUACUAAACUUACAAGAACCAGUGUGAACGUCUUGCGCACCCAGGAUAGGUGGAGCCAGGUCUCACAAAAUCUUUCGUGUUUAGAAUCUGACGGCAUCAUGCGGGCAAGGUUUGUUGUCAACGUAAAGGAGCAUGCAUAGUUUAUGUCAAGCCCUCAAACUUUAAACCUUAAGGUACAAUAUAUGUUUCAAGAGUUUUGAAAUCCACAGAUUCAAGCUUUCGUGCUUCACAGUAGGCAACAAAUCACACCCCCAUGAUGUUUUCAGACUUGAGCCAUCGUGCCGCCAUUUUAGAUCGUACACAACUUACAGUGUUGUUUACAUUUUAAACAUGACUUAUCAAUCAAUCUUUAAAUAAGCUCAAAAAUGUAUCUUUUUUCCACAAAUGUAUCAUUUUACUUUAAAAGACAUGUGAUGUGAUCUGGCAAAACCCGUUGGAUGUCUCACUGGAAUGUUUCAGGAAAAUCAAUAAAUAUGUAGAAUGUCAAUUUUGGUCAAAAUUGGGUUUUCAUUAAAUUAUUACUGUAUAACAUCCUGUCUAUUAUCUCUGAAAAUAUUAUGGCAAAAUGCACUUGUUUAGUGCAGGAAAAUAGUGAUUUAGCCUAGGACUAUAGUGGCUUGAAAAGACUGCAUCUGUAAUGUUUAAGAACACGUCCAGACAGGUGGAGGUGCAACCCAAUUUUCUAUAUCUUGGCAAAAUUUACUUUAUAGGUGCAGAAAAAUUGUGAUUUAGGCCUAGUGGCAAGCUGAAAGACUACGUCUUUAAUAAUGAUGGCAAGUUCGGAUAAUUUUUCUGAUUCAGAUCUUUGAAUCUCGUUCAUCAAAAUGAACAAAUCUUUUUGAGUCAUUUCGUUCAUUUUGUUAAUUUAAAUAGGAUUACGUGUUAUUUUACAAAUUCCCCCAGAACGACCUCUUAUGCGAACAAUAAUGACAUUUCUAGCAAGUUAUGGGAAAAAAAUCGCUUAUUUCAUUAUUUCUUGACAUUCUUACAAACUCUGAACCUGAAACGAUUAGCUUACCUCUAAUGCUAUGUACCCACCAAACACGUUUUAGGCGAAUAGCGCGUGUUUUCGGCCCACGCGAGGAUGCGUCUGAUUGCGUCUUUGCAUUGACUUUGUAUGCAAUCGACUCGUGCAAAUCGUUGAAUUCCAUCUGGUGUGAACCCACAGUAACUGUGGGUUUACACCAAACGCGAAGCGUGCAAUCGCAUCACGUUGCUCGCUCUAGAUUAUGCGCGGGAUUUAACUUCGUGUCAUGUGAAUUUUUCGCUCGAGUUAAAUAUUUUCAAUUUGGGCGCGUGUUUUCACGGCAAACGCUCCGCCCAUAUCGCGUCAUUCGCAUUGCCCCAAACGAGGACGCGUCUGAUCGCGUCUUUGCAUUGACUUUGUAUGUAAUCUACUCGCGCAAAUCCUUGACCUCCCGUCUGGUGUGAACCCGCAGUAAUGCUACGUACACACCAAACGCGGGGCAUCACGUUACUCGCUCUAGAUUACUUGCGGGAUUUAACUUCACGUCAAGCGAAUUUUUCGCUCGAGUUGAAUAUUUUGUACUUGGGCGAAGACGCUGUUGAGGCGAAUAGCGCGUGUGUUCGACGACAAAAGCGCCUCCCAUAUGUAACACAGAUCACACAGAUAUAAAAUAAUACCAUUAAGUAAGCAAUAAGGUACGAGAGGCUGUGCUGUAUCGUGAAUAAGUAACGGCUGAAGGGCGUUGUAAGCCGUUACUUAUUCACGAUACAGCACUUGCCUCGAGUACCUUAUUGCUUUUAUAAAACGGUUACCACACAAUAUUAAAGUAAAAAAAAUAUUAGUGCAACUUUCAUGAAGUUAAAUCAAUAAAAGCAUGCCUUCCGCUAGAAAAAAUAGUCCCUGACUGCGAAUAACAACAUGAAAACUCAAAUAAAAACAACAAACUGUUCUCAGACUUUGUCUCAUUAUAUGUUUAUGUGUUGCUAAGGGCGCAGUGAUAUUAAAUAGAACCGUUGGGUGAAGCGGUCAUAGCAGUGUUUUAUCGUGAAUAAAGCACACCUAUUGACCAAUCAGAAUCAAGGAUAGGAACUAACCGUUUUAUAAUAAUAAUUAUAAAAUGAUCGUCGAGGGCCCCUCACAUGCCGGGGCCCUAUAUACUCAGUCACCCUUCCUUCCGUCACUUUUCUGAACUCUUAAGGUUAUGACUUUUUCCUGGAUAUCUAAGAAUAUUUACAGUGGGGGAAAUAAGUAUUGAACGCAUCAA